CACACUCUCUCCCUCUUCUUAUCUGCUUAUAUUUCUGGAUAGCCAAAGUUCAGUUUCCUUUGAACUUCAUCACUCUCUCUCUCUUCGGUGAGCAACAAUGGCUACCGCUGCACCUCCAUCUUUAAGCCUCUGCUACGCUUCUUCCUCCUUCCAAUACCAGCAAGACCCCUCUUUUCAAACCCAUUUUAAACCCCUUCUCCUUAAUUCUUCUCUAUGCCGUUUAACUCUUAAUCAAAGGGAACGCAGUUGUCUGAAAUGGGUUGAUUUCACUUCUCAGAAACAAUCACCCAAGUCUGUUUCUUUCCGUGUUUUGGCGGCUGUUGCUGCGGAAGCUGAGGUUGCGGACAUGGAGGAGGAGGAAGGAGAGAGCGGCGGUGUUGCUACUUUACCUUCGCCUACUAAGCCUAAAAAGGGGAAAGCUGCUUUGCCUUUGAAGAGUGACAGGACGAGGUCGAAGAGGUUCUUAGAGAUUCAAAAGCUCAGAGAAAUCAAGCAAGAAUAUGACUUGAAGACGGCGUUAUCAUUGAUGAAGCAAAUGUCGUCUACAAAGUUCGUAGAGACUGCAGAGGCCCAUUUUCGCUUGAAUAUUGAUCCCAAGUACAAUGAUCAACAGCUGAGAGCAACUGUGAGUUUGCCCAAGGGAACUGGAAAAACUGUUAAAAUAGCCGUGCUUGCCCAAGGCGACAAAAUUGACGAAGCAAAAGCAGCAGGAGCAGAUAUAGUUGGUGGAGAAGAAUUAAUAGAACAAAUAAAGGGGGGAUUCAUGGACUUUGAUAAGUUGAUUGCAACAUCUGACAUGAUGGCUAAGGUUGCAAGUCUAGGAAGGAUUCUGGGGCCACGAGGGCUCAUGCCAACUCCAAAAGCUGGAACGGUCACACCAAAUGUAGCUCAGGCUGUGGAGGAAUUCAAGAAAGGCAAGGUCGAGUUUAGAGUUGAUAAAACAGGAAUUGUUCACAUUCCCUUUGGAAAGUUGAACUUCAAGGAGGAGGAUCUUCUUAUAAACUUGUUUGCCACAAUUAAAUCAGUGGAGACCAACAAGCCAACCGGUGCUAAGGGGGUUUACUGGAAAAGUGCCCAUAUCAGCUCAUCAAUGGGACCUUCUAUUCGGUUAAACAUUAGGGAGAUGCUUGAUUAUAAGCCUCCUUCAAAUGCUUAGACAGCCUUGUGUAAUCUUUGUUUGUCAUCUUUUUGCGUUUGCUUUCUAAAUUUUUUGAGGCACUUCGAUAAUUUCAGAAGCAGCAUUUCAAGAACGAAGACUUCAUAUGUAGCAGAUUUCUUCAGUGACGUGGAUGUUCUUCACUAGCAGGCUGACAAGUUAUUGUAAUUUCAAAGUUGAUACUUGUACAAUAGCUGUAUCUUAGUUUUGGAUAGUGAAUUGGAAAUAGUAUGAUUGUGGCUCGUGUAUAGCUUCAUUGUGCAAGAGUUUUGCCACUGAGAUUGAGAAUAUACAAGUAAUAUUUCAAAAAUAAGAAUUGCAAUUUAGAUGUUAUA